UAACGUCUACUUGCUACACGGAGGUUUGAACCAACACACGCUGUGCUUGCUGGAGAGUGGCAGAGUCGGAUUCAAAUCAGCCUCCUUUUAAUACUUUUGCUCAUUUUUUGAUAACAUUUUAUUUGCGAAUUUCCCGGUUAUCUGCGGUGCUGAGCACUUACGAACUUUGAGAAUAACCGCUAGUUAGCUAUUUCACCAACUAGCACGAAGACUCAACGGCUGCUUAAAUAACAGAUUGUGUAACGAGAAUUUACGACAGAAUCAUUAACCUCUUCUGGAAAAGAAACUUUUUCUGUCAGAGACUGAAAAUCUUCGUUGUUCCUAAAAAUGAGCUGUGUGAACGAAGAAACUCGGAGUGUCUCCCCUCAUUGCCCCAAACCAGACGAGUCUCAGGAGCCGCUGGGGACAGCCAUGGAGACCGGAGCUGCUGAGGAUGCUGGCGUAAAAAACGAGAGUAUGGCGUCUGAAGUGGUCAUCACGAAAGAAAUGGAGGAAGAGGAGAAGCAGGCGAUGGAGGAAGGGGAGAGGAAAGAAAAGGAGAUGAUUGAAAAGGCCCGGGAAUCAUGGCAGAGGGAUUCCCAGGACAUGCGUUUCAAGAGGCUGCAGCAUUUGCUUCAGAAGAGUAAUAUCUACUCCAAGUUCCUGCUGACUAAAAUGGAGCAACAGCAGAAUGAGGAGAAACUUAGGAAGGAGAAAAAUGAAAAGAAGGCCAAGAAGAGCACCAAAGCUGGAGAGCCUGAGAAAGUUGAUAAAAAGAAGAGGAGGAGGGACGACGACUACAAAAUAGCAGAUGUCAUGUCAAAAGAAGAAAUCAUGUCUCAGUCAAAGAAAGCAAAGACAGAAGAAUCGGAUGAAACACCAGCUCAAAAGAAACUAGAAGCCGAGGACAUUGAGAAGAUGAGCGAUUCCAACCAGGACAUCAAGAACCGUCUGUCAGAGGCAGUGAGAGACAACGCCAAGCAUCUCCUUCAUCCUCACAGGAAGGUCAACGGCCAGCCGGUCCCUGCCCAGCAGCCUCAGUUAUUCACCGGAGGGGUCAUGAGGUGGUACCAGAUCGAAGGCAUAGAGUGGCUGAGGAUGCUCUGGGAGAACGGCAUCAACGGGAUUCUUGCCGAUGAGAUGGGUCUGGGAAAGACCAUCCAGUGCAUCGCUCACAUUGCCAUGAUGAUAGAAAAGAAAGUAAUGGGGCCCUUCCUGGUGGUGGCCCCUCUCUCCACUCUGCCCAACUGGAUCAAUGAAUUCAAACGCUUCACACCAGAGGUGUCUGUGCUUCUUUACCACGGCCCUCAGGCAGAGAGAGCCAAGCUAAUAAAGCAGAUCCGCCGGCCUCAGGGGUCCCUCAAUAUGUGUCCAGUAGUCGUCACCUCCUUUGAGAUCUCCAUGAUUGACAGGAAGUUCCUACAGCGCUACCAGUGGAAGUACCUGAUCGUGGACGAAGGCCACAGAAUCAAAAACCUCAACUGUCGGCUGGUUAGGGAGCUGAAGCUGCUGCAGACUGACAACAAACUGCUGCUGACGGGAACGCCGCUGCAGAACAACCUCGCUGAGCUCUGGUCCCUCCUCAACUUCCUGCUGCCAGAAGUCUUCGAUGACCUCAAGAGCUUUGAGUCCUGGUUUGACAUUGACUCCCUCGGUGAGGCUGAGAACGUGGUGGCUGCUGAGCGCGAGCAGAACAUCCUGAGUAUGCUGCACCAGAUUCUGACCCCGUUCCUGCUGAGGAGGCUGAAGACAGACGUGACUCUGGAGGUUCCUCCAAAGAAAGAGAUCAUUGUUUACGCCCCCCUCGCACCCAAACAGGAGGCCUUUUACACCGCUGUGGUUAACAAGACCAUCGCCAAGAUGUUGGGUCAGGAAAAGACAGAGGCUCCUGUAACGCUGACACCAAGUGGCAGGCCGAAGCGUCGCAGUAGAAAGGUGGUGGACUACACAGAAACGGAUGGAGACACGCCGUAUGACCUGGAGAAAUAUCUGGAGAGGGUCCGUAAGGAGCAAGAGCAGAGCUCCUCUCCAGUUCUGGACGUCCAGUGUCCUCUGGAUGCACAGAUCAACCUGAAGCUGCAGAACAUCCUCAUGCUGCUGAAGAGAUGUUGUAACCACCCAUACCUGGUGGAGUACCCCCUGGAUCCAGCCACUCAGGAAUUCAAGAUCGAUGAGCAGCUGGUGCAGAGCUCUGGGAAGUUCCUCAUUCUGGACAGACUGCUGCCUGCACUGAAGGCACGAGGACACAAGGUUCUGAUCUUCAGUCAGAUGACGUCCAUCUUGGAUAUUCUGAUGGAUUACUGCUACCUGCGGGGCUUCCAGUACAGCCGGCUGGACGGCAGCAUGUCGUAUGCAGACAGAGAUGAAAAUAUGACAAAGUUCUCCAAAGACUCGGAGGUCUUCCUGUUCCUGCUGAGCACCAGAGCAGGAGGACUCGGGAUCAACCUGACGGCUGCCGACACCGUCAUCAUCUUUGACAGCGACUGGAACCCCCAGGCAGACCUGCAGGCUCAGGACCGCUGUCACCGUAUCGGGCAGACCAAACCAGUGGUGGUGUACCGUCUGGUCACAGCCAACACCAUCGACCAGAAGAUUCUGGAGAGAGCCUCAGCCAAGAGGAAGCUGGAGCAGAUGGUCAUCCAUAAGAACAAGUUUAAAGGAGGGAAGGCCGAUCUGAACCAAAGUAAAAGCUGCAUCGAUCUGGACGAGCUGAUGGAGCUGCUCAAAGCCAGAGGCACUGAGAAAGAGGUGAAAGCAUCACGAGGGAAAGUGAUCAGCGACAAGGACCUGGAGGCUUUACUGGAUCGUAGUGAUUUAAUGAACAAAGACAAAGGGAGCAUAAAGAAGGAGAAGGUGGGAGUCUUCAGAGUGAUCGAAGCCAAAGAGUCAUCAGAGAUCACGCUGACCUGAGAACACUUGAAAUACUCGAACCUUGAACCACUGACCUUCUGGAAAACUGAAGCUGCACACCGCUGCAGUCACCUUUGGUAAAAACUAAAGAAACUGUCCUGAAACUGCUGUUUUUAGACUUUAAAAGAUGUAAACAUGUAUUUGUUUUUCUUUUACUUUCCUAACUGCCUUCAAGUUCCUUUUGUUUCUGAUGUUUUUGGUGUUUUCUUCCUCAGACAUGGAAACUGUCAGUGAAGUCAACCAUAAAAAAAAAAAUCACAGAGCAGUACACUGACUAUAUGGGACUGUUUUUUUUGUUUGUUUGUUUGGGGUUUUUUUUACAUUUCUGUUAGGCCUUAUGUUUUAAAGACAGGUCUUUAACACUUAUCAGACUGCCCUCAUGUUAUCUGUUUUAAGAGAAGAGAAACCGCAUCCUCAUGUAGUCCGUUUUUUCCUUUAGUUUUAUUUUGACAGUUAAAAACCUUCAUCCUCUUAGUCUUUAACGAUGUUCUAAUCAAAGCACUUUCAUGCUGGAGAAACACAUGUGUUCAUGUCUUUUUAUAUAAAUAAACUCUGCUUUCAUA